UCUUGUGAAUAAUAAUAGCAUACUUGUAGUAGUAGAUUUUGUGAAUCGUGCCAAGAUGUCUUUACGUAUGCUGUCAACUUCACGUAAAUGAGUUACAAUGGGGUGUGUGUAAGGAAUACGAACGGACGUGUGCAGUAAUGUGUUGACAUGUCGAAUAACUGUGGGAUUCAACAAUGACAGUUUUAUUGCAAUAUAUUUGUAAUAUUUUGAACCACAAUGAGGUGACACUUUGUAUGAAACAUGUCAUCAUUCCGAAUAUUGUCUUGGAAAGGGUUGUUUGCAUCCAUCAUGAGUGGCCAACGCCACUAUUCAGCAAUACCAUCGAUUUGUCUGAAACGUGCCCUUCUUGUGUCGAAAGUGACUCGAUAUGAACUAGAGUGUAAGCGAUAUCCAGAUCUGAAGAUGGCCAAACUUGAAGCUACUCUGAGAAAACAGUGUUUUGACUAUGAUGUAUUGCUACAGCACCACAAUUUACAUAAGGAGUUCGAACACAGAGUCAGGAACAUAUUUAAUGAGUGUGGAAUAGAAACAAGAAUUGUCAACAGGUCUGAAUACACACAGAGCAAUAUAGACUGGGCUGACAUUAUAAUCCCAACGGGUGGUGAUGGUACAUAUCUUAUGGCAGCUAGUCGAGUAAGUGGGAAUGAGAAGCCAGUUGUUGGUCUUAAUUCAGAUCCCAGUCGAUCAGAAGGUUAUCUCUGUCUGCCAGUUAAAUAUUCCGAAAAUGUUAAAGAAGCUGUUGACAAACUUUUAAAGGGAGAAUUUGAAUGGAUGUUUCGUAGCCGAAUUAGAAUCACAUUACAUGGUGAAAAUUUGUGUGCCACCCCAUUUGAACUGCAUGAACAUGUCAUUCAUCCAUCAUACAGUGAAUUGGAGAGAAAGAAGCAGUCUUUGCCCCUGUCAUCAAUGAAUGUUACGUCAGAAGUUCUACCAGUCCUUGCUCUCAAUGAGGUAUAUAUGGGUGAGAGCUUGUCGUCACGAGUCUCAUACUUUGGAUUGAGUCUUGAUAAUGGUGCGUGGACAAAAGUGAAAAGUUCAGGACUGUGUGUGAGCACGGGUACUGGUUCCACAUCAUGGCACAUCAGCAUCAACCGCAUCACAGAACAGUCAGUGGCAGAGGUGUUGAAGCUUUUGGGAAUGUCACACAGGGAUCCAGGACUUGUGAAGCAAGUCACUGAUGAAUUUAACCAGAACCUGGUGUUCAAUUGUGAAGAUAAACGAAUGACUUACACAGUACGAGACCUCAUCUCAGCAGGUGUGUGGCCGGAUCCGAAGGGUCUCGAACCUCGGGGUUUUGCAAACAAGAUUGAAGUUAAGUCGCGCUGUUUUGAUGGAGGACUUGUUAUAGACGGAGGUGUCUUCUUCAGGUUCAAUGAAGGUACAACAGCCACAUUGGAAAUUCACAAAUCUGAUGCAUUACGGACAGUAAGGUUGACUGAAAAAUGAAAGAUAUGCUACGGAAGAAUCGCAGUAUGAACGGACUAAAGAAGUCCGUGCAAUUAAUUGUGAAAAUCAUUUGUUUCUCUGGUCAUUGGAUGUAUGUGAGGAAUGUUUUCCAAAGAGUUAGAUGCAAUCACGUGCUCACCAUUGUAUGUCUUCCGGAGAGGCAAUCAAGUAUGUAAGCAUAUGGGGUACAGAAAGGAGAAGUAAAAUGAAGAAGAUGGAAAGAUCAAUUUGAAGCUGGAACAGGCAUUAGUGCCUAAUCCCUGAUGAUGAUAAUUACAUAUUUAUCCAGAUAAGCAUAAUAAUUCAUUGAGCUCUGAGGUAAAGUGCUAAUCCUUAUGCUAAUCAGGCAGUUUUUCUUUUGGUCAGAACUUCACGUAUUCCUUAUGCAAUCUCUGUGUUGUACAUGUGCGUAACAUACCACCUAAAGUUUAAGACUGAACAUUGAAACGAUUCAUCUUCUGUUUAGUGUUUUUUUCCCUUAGUAAUGUUUUAGUUUAAUAAUGUUUGUUGUUUUGGCAUGUUAUUAAAGAAAUAAAUACUAAUCAUGUUUUGACAACAGUGUAUUUUUAUUUUUUUCUCUUUCUUUUUCAUGACAGAAAAAGGAAACACAAACAACAAGCAAUACAUUUAUAUGCAUUAUAAAUUAAACAGAAAAAAUACAGGUACAAAGACCCUGCUUAGGAAUAACACCUUCUGACGAACUGUAGACAGACAUACAGAUUAAUACGGAGGCAAAAGAAAAACAUGAAGAGAUAGGUGAGAGUAUUUUGUAUACGUUGUUUUGUUUUUCUUUCAUUGAAUAUGA